AUGGCGCUCGACCUCGUCUUUUUUGCAACUGCGAGCACGCUCGCUCCGCCUCGUGCUCGCGUGGCGCCGCGCCACGCCCCCGCGUGCGCCAACGCCGCCGGCAGCAGCGGCAGCGGCAGCGGCGUGGACUGGCCAAGCGCGCCCGCCGAGAACAUCGAGCUCGCCGAGACGUACUACCGAGCGUUCGAGGUGCUUGCGCGCGACGCCGAUUUCGUCGCGGACGUCUGGGCGCGCAAGCCGCUGCUCGUCGCCGAGCCCAUCGCCGGCGUCGCCGGCUCGUUUACGCUGGACGACGUGCGCGAGGCAGUGGACUCUGACUUUCUGGAGGCGGGGCUCGGUGUGCCGACGGCGGAGGGCGGCUGGAAGAUGGCGCCAGUCUCGCAGCCGCGCGGCUCCUCGUACGAGGACGCCAAGCUGCGGUACGUCGACGUCGCGGCGGGCAUAGAGCGCGGGACGGUUGUCUUCAAUUCUGCGGGCGCGCACGUGCCCAAGCUCGGCGCCAUCUGCCUGGCGGCGCUGCGCGCGUUCGGGCUCCCCAACUGCCUCAACAUGUACCUCACCGGCCCGAGCGUCAAGCAGUCCGCCCCGCCGCACACCGACAAGCAGGACGUCUUUGUCCUGCAGAUGAGCGGCGCUAAGCAGCCGGCGGCCGCGAGCCGCGCGAGAAGGCGCCGCCGAGCCGGCGCACCCCCCGAUAGGCGCAAAGCACUGGCGGGCGACGACAAGCUCCGCCUCUCGGAGCUGGGAGAGCCGCUUCUCGAGACGGUGCUGACGCCGGGGCAGCCGCUCUGCGACGCCCGCCCGUCGGCAGUUCGCACAGUCGACCCGCACGACGGCUCUCACGAUCGCACGUCUGCGACCCGCCCGAGCCGUCGGUUGGGCUGA